AUGACUACCGCGACCCUGAAGGCGAAGGGCCUGGAUGUCCUGACAAUUGAUGCUCAAGGGUUACAAAAGUUGUUGGAGAAUGGCGAGGUGACGAGUCUUGAACUCAUUGACCAAUAUCUGGCUCAAAUUGAAAAACACGAUGGCAGGCUUCAUGCAAUGAUCCAGACAACCCCGAAAGACCUGCUUAAAGCCGCAGCCAAAUCGCUUGACCAGGAGAGAGCAGCUGGAAAAGUCCGUGGGCCAUUACACGGGAUCCCGAUCAUCGUCAAGGACAACAUUGCUACUCACCCGGCCCUAGGUCUUCCGACAAGUGCCGGUAGCCUUGCUUUGCUGAGCUCAAAGCCGCGAAGGAAUGCCAAAAUUAUCGAUCAAAUUCUCGCCGCGGGUCUCAUCAUCUUGGGAAAAGCUAACUUAGCUGAAUUUGCAAAUGCGCGAGGGUCCGAUAUGCCAAAUGGCUGGUCCGCAGUAGGUGGUCAAACACAAUCCGCGUAUGUUCGCGGCGGAAUCGACCCUGAGGACUCGCACGAUGGCCAUUCCAAUCCCUCGGGUUCGUCCACUGGGUCCGCUGUUGGCGUCUCUGCUGGUUAUGCGCCCUUCUCAAUUGGCACCGAGACAGACGGGUCCCUCACAAUACCUUCUGGCCGUGCGGCACUUUACACGAUAAAGCCAACAAUUGGUCUUGUGUCCUCAAGUGGGAUCGUGCCCAUCUCCUCCAAAUUUGACGCGGCUGGGCCCAUGACCAAGUCAUCCUACGAUCUGGCGGCUCUCUUGGAUGUCAUCACUGGAAGGGAUCCUUCUAUUUCAUACACGAAAGAUCUUAGCAGAUCAUGGUCCGACAUCUCGGUCGCAGUUCUUGAUCCGGAGAUAUGGAAGUUCCCCGAGACUUAUGUCAAGACUGCCAAUGAUGCAGAAGCUCAGAUGGCUCGCGAGAUUCGUCAAGCAUACGAGGUCAUCAAGUCUCAUGCAAAGAAGUUUGUCAACAACGUUGACUUAGUCACGGAUGACAAGUUGAAGCUUGAUGACGAGGACAGCGAAUGGAAGAUCAUAUUGGCCGAUGAGAAGCGGGAAAUCAAUGCUUACCUUCAAGACCUUGAGGAGAGCGAGGUGCGCUCGCUCGCAGAAGUCAUCGAUUAUAAUAUCAAACAUGCUGAUCAGGAGCUACCUUCACAUCACCCGCGACAAGACACCUUCGUCAACUCACAAGAACUGGACUUGUCUUCAGAAGACUACGACCGACAUCUAGCACACCUGAGAAAGGUGGCAAGGGACGAGGGUGUUGAAAAAGUACUCAGUAGUUAUGAUGUAGACGUCAUCCUCGGCCCUACGGACUGUAGUCUCACAUCCAUGGCAACGGCUGGAGGAUUCCCGCUCUGUUCCAUGCCUCUGGGAUAUCUGGACUAUAAUGGUCGGCCGUUUGGGGUGUCCGCCAUCGCUGGAAGAAACCAAGAGGCCCUCUUGGUGAAAGUCAUGAGUGCCUGGGAGGCUACUUUCCCUGCAAGACGCCCACCCCCAGAGCUAAUCGAGUCAUCCUGA